AUGACUAUUCCGUCAAUUACUACUCUUGGGGUCGACCCCAAUACCACGCACCGCCUAAACGCCUGUGCCUAUCAGCAGUCAGCAAUCACAACUUCGGACAGCAUCCAGUAUGUGGCCUUUUAUACCUCGUGGGAAGGAUCGGACUCUAGAAGGGUUACGAUUGCACGCCAUGAUGUUCGGGACCCUUCAUCCGACUGGCAAUACUUGACUUUCGAAGAUUACAACCAGACGACCGAUGACGGACAUAAUACCAUAUCCAUCGGGAUCUGUGCUGGUGAUGGAACGAUUCAUGUGUCGUUUGAUCACCACUGCGAUGCACUGAAAUAUCGCAUCUCGCGACCAGGUCUGGCAGCCGACCCAAGCGAGUCGAGUUGGACGGCAAGCAACUUCAGCCCGAUUCUAGAUCAUCUACCCGGCUGCGACGGUCUGUUGGACGUUACAUAUCCACGAUUUAUACCUGCUAGAAGAGACCUGUACUUCGAGUGUCGCAUUGGAAAAGCAGGUGCCGGCUCCGAUGUCCUAUAUCGCUACAGUCCCGACACUGCGCAAUUCGUCCAACUGGGAACCUAUCUAAUUGGAAGACAGUGUAACCCGUAUCCAAAUGGGAUAUCUUAUCAUCUAUCAACGGAUAGUCUUCACGUUACUUGGACUAACCGACACUUUAUCGAGUAUGAAGGAGCGGACGACCGUGCUUCCACAGCCCACAAAGCGCAAGCUGGGCCUAAUGGCCCCGAGAAUAACGAAGGGCUAUAUUAUGCAUAUAGUCGGGAUAAUGGCACUACAUGGAGCGGGUCAAACCAAAAGUCAGUGGCUAUCUUGUCAGCACGUCUAGGGACCGGACUCGAGUCCCAAGAUAGCCGGCUACUCGUCAGGGAUAUCCCUAGAAACAACGGUAUCAUGAAUCAGGAGGCACAGUACGUUGACUCCGAGGGAGGGGUUCAUGUAUUGAACCGAGAGAACACCACCGGAAAGGAAACAUGGAUGCACUACUACCGCUCCCCAUCGGACAAUCAGUGGAAUUUCUUCGCAUUACCUGACAUAUACCCUACGCCUACCGGACCUCGGGGCAAACUUGUCCAUAGCGAGAAGCUCAAUGCUGUCUUCUUCAUACUUCCGUCGAAUACGGAGAGUGAACUGUUGAUUGCGCGGAGGAGUAUGACUGGUAUACAUGGUGAAAUAAGUAUAGUAUGGAGAGAACAUGGAUACAGUGGAGAGCCGCUGAUCGACGAAGAAGCCUUUACUAAAUUUGGGCUUCUGUCCAUUCUCAUAUUGAGAGACAAUGAGGAAGGUAAAAGGAAGGUGGCCGUGCUACAAUUCGACGUCAAUUACUUGGCACAAUGA